GCCCAAUACAUUUUAUGGUAAAAUGGUGAGAAAAAGGGGAGGAGGGAGGGAUCGAACCCUUGCUGCCGAGAUGGAAACAAAGCACCACUACCAACCAGCUAGCUUGAUCAUGCUGACAAGAGGAGAUAUGCAUGAUAAAUAAACUUCUUCCGGUUCAGCACUCGGACCGGAUGAACCGGCGGUUGGACCGAUGAACUGGUGAACCAGGUGCUCGAGCGGUUCAGUGGCCGGUCCGGCUUUUUUUACUAUGGCUGACCCCACUCGCUAUCCUCACCUUGUAGGGAAUCUUGUUUAUCUUGUUGUCACUCGUCCAGAUAUUUCAUACUCCGUGCAUAUUAGGAUUCAGUUUGUUUCUGCUCCCACCGAGCUUCACUAUAGUCAUCUUCUUCGUGUUCUUCGUUAUCUUCAUGGGACUAUCUCUCGUUGUCUUUUCUUUCCUUGGUCCACAUCUUUACAUCUUCAGGGUUACUUUGAUGCUACUUGGGCUAGUGAUUCCUUUGAUCGCAAAUCUCUUUCUGCUUAUUGUGUUUUUCUUGGUGGUUCCUUCAUUGCUUGGAAGAUUAAGAAACAAACAACAGUUACUCAUUCUAGUGUAGAGGCUGAGUUAUGAGCUAUGUCCCUUUUGAUAGCAGACGUUACUUGGUUACGUUGGUUACUUGAGGACCUUGGUGUUUAUGUGAUUUCGCCAACUUCUUUGUUGUCGGACAAUACAAGUGCUAUUAGUAUUGCUCGUGAUCGUAUAAAGCAUGAGCUUACUAAGCAUAUUGGUGUGGAUGUUUCUUACACCCGCACAUAGGUACUGGAUCAGGUGGUUGCUCUUCAGUAUGUGCCUUCCGACUUGCAGGUGGCUGAUUUCUUUACAAAGGCAUACACUAGAGCUCAACACAGAUGAGAGGACUGUAUAAAGGUGCAUCAUCUUCAUUUAUCGGUAUCGCACUUGAAAGCUCCCUUUUCUUUGGCACAUAUUCACAAGCCAAGCAAUUACUAAAGGGAAAAUCUGAGGAUGGUAGGCCACAGCUACAGGUAAUAAUACCUUCUGCUGCCUGUAGUGGAGCUUUAAUCAGUUGCAUUCUCACUCCAACUGAGCUAAUGAAGUGCAGAAUGCAAGUUCAAGGGAAGCAUGCAUUGCAUGGUACUAGGUACUCCAGUCCUCUAGAUUGUGCUAUGAAAACGCUGCAAAGUGAAGGGGUUUGUGGUCUAUUUCGUGGUGGUUUGGCUACAUUGUUUCGAGAGGCAGUUGGCAAUGCUGUCUUCUUUUGCACUUAUGAGUAUAGCCGAUAUUGGAUGCACAGGUAUCUAGAUUCACCAUGGUUUUCAGGUGGCAAUCACUUAGUUCUGGCAAAAGAUGUUGGCGUAGGAAUCAUGAGUGGUGGCAUUAGUGGGAUGGCGUUCUGGACAGCUACUCUACCAUUGGAUGUUGCAAAGACCAUUAUUCAGACUGACCCUGACCCUCAUUUGAGUCGAAACCCCUUUCAAAUUUUAAAAAUGAGCACAUGCUUGAAAUGUCACAGGUUUAUAGAAGAGCUGGAAUGGGUGGCUGUUAUGCUGGCCUUGGUCCGACGCUUGCACGAGCAUUCCCUGCCAAUGCAGCUGCAAUUGUUGCUUGGGAAUACAGUGCUAAGAUUCUUAGUAUAAGGCGUGACUAGCAUAAGAUGCUGAAAGCUGAAUUGCUGGUCCAAUUUUCCAUAAUAUACCGGGGAACACACCUGAUUAAUCAUUUUUUUUCUAUAGUUAGAUGGUUUUGGUAGGAAAUGUUUAUAUUUGGUACCUUAACUCUUCUUCACCGUGGUCAACUUUUGCCCCUCAACUAUAACUAUUCAAACCAUCUAAAUAAUGUCCCCAGACUGGUUCUGUGGAUACUUUUUGAGUGACAUGGCUGCCACAUCUUGACCCCACACUUCAUGUCCUCUUGUCUUUAAAUUAAAUGCGGUUGGAGAGGAAUAUGAACAAAGGUGGAUAAUCUAGUUGGUCCCAUCACUUCCUUUUAUUUCUUUUCCUUGAUUUGUUUUCCAUGUCGGCAUCCAAUUAGGAAAUCAUCUAGGACAGUACAACCUAGGUACGUGCGCAAGGACGUCAUUUCAGUUUUGACUGUAGAGGAAUUAGUUCUGGAAGAGUUCAGAAAGACUAAAUAGACCUUUGUCCUGUUCAUAGAGAGGUUUCGUUAAAAUUCAGUGUAUUGUAAAACUCAGCGGUACAUUUUUAAUUGUAAACUCAGUUGGGGAGAGGCUUCUUAGCUUAUCCCGUUUGAUUGCAUCAAACGAGGAAAUGGCUGUGACUGCAUCAAUGGAUGUUGCAAAUUGUACCCUGUCAAUGGAGGCCCAUUUGAAUUGACAUUGAUUUAAUUUUGCUGAGUUCAGACUA